AUGCGUUUUUUUCAUCCCCUGCUUUUUUCGGCCUCGACUCUGGCCGUGGGGCCUGCAUCUCUUGGGUCUGAUGUCGAAAUCCUACUGCAUAAUGAUUUGUUAGAGGCUGAAAGCCCGCUGGCGAAUUCCGGCGUGAUUCUUCUGGAGGACAAGACUUUGCAGGAAGGAAUCCACGCCUGUGAAGCCCUCGGGGAGUCGCUUUGGGGCAGGCCGCCAUCGACGCCAGCUGACAUUAAAGCUGAUUUGGAGUAUCUUCUGUACAGAGGCGACUAUGAUAGGCAGCGGAGUUUCUGGAUAUCCCCGACAAACAACACUGCCAGGACGAUCAGUCUCAAUGGGACCAUUGCGACAGCAGAUGCUACCCAUCGGUUUCCAGUCCUCUGCACACAGAACGCCCCUUACUCGACAGAGACCUACCAGAAUACGAGCAGCCCAUACCAAGUGACAGUUCAUGCCAAUAAUGAGUACUUGACAGGCUUCCGAGACCAUGUCACGUUUCGCUUCAUCGGGAUUCGCUUCGCUACGGAACAGAAACGUUGGACGUAUCCAGUGGCAUAUACCGGAAGUGGUGGAAAUAUAUCUGUGUUGGAAUAUGGCUCGAACUGUCACCGGGACAUACAUGGCAAUGAAGAGAAUUGUCUGAUCCUGAAUAUCUGGACGCCAUAUCUGCCCAGUCUGCCUACCGAAAAGAAUAAGUUGAGGCCGGUGGCAUUUUGGAUCCACGGGGGCGCCUUUACCGGGGGUAGCCCUAACGAUGCCUACUAUGAUGGCGGCAAUCUGGCGUCCAGGGGUGAUGUUGUCGUGAUAGGAAUCAGCUACCGGCUUGGUACACAGGGCUUCCUCGCUUUGAAUGAUGGCAAAACCAAUGGGAACUUUGGGCUCGCCGACCAGAUCGCCGCCCUCGAUUGGGUGCGUCAGAACGUCGAGGUUUUUGGAGGCAAUCCAGACCGCAUCACCAUCUUUGGUCAAUCCGCCGGGGCAGCCUCAGUACGCGCUAUGCUUGCCUCCCCCAAGGCCAAAGGAAAGUUUGCCAGUGCGAUCAUGCAGAGCAAUCUUGGUGGGCUUGCUUAUGGCACCACUUAUUCCCAGUACUAUACUAUCGAGGAAGAGAUGCAAAUAGCGGGCAACUCCAUCCUAGAGGAGACCAGUUGCACGGUCGCAUCAUCCCCAGUCGACUGUCUCAGAAACUUCACUGCCAGCGCCAUCACCGCUCUGAAUACCACGGCGCGGUACCUUGUCGUUGAUGGAACAUAUCUGACCAGUCCUGGGCUGGACCUCAGCCGAUCCACAGAAGUCCCCCAUGUGCCUGUGAUGAUGGGCAUCAUGCGCGACGACGGCGCCCAAUUUAUUGACUAUCCCAGCGCAGGUGAGAACAUCAGCGCUUUUCUGACAGAGAAUGACCUACCCUCAUCUGUUCUUUCAACCGGUCUGUUUCCACUGGCCACCGGUCCCAAUACCACACUAGACGUGUUCAACACGUCUGCCCGGGUAGCAACAGACAGCAUGUUCCGAUGCAUCGAUGAAGCGACGGGGUAUGCGGGCGUCACGAAUGACAUCUUCCCCGAGGUAUACUUUUACGAAUUCAACCGGUCGUACGAACUCGCGUCGCAAAGCCCUAAUGGACGGGUCUGCUACGCACCUCCGACGGCGGAGUAUCCUCACGGCGAUCCCUCGUUAGAGUACUGGAAAUGUCAUUCAGGGGAUCUUUACUAUAUGUUUGGCAACCUGCGACGGUUGGACCAGCCGUUCCGCGAUGAGUAUGAACUGCCGUUUGAACAGUAUGUGCUUGACUCAUGGGCCAGCUUUAUUCGCACUGGGAACCCGACGCCGGACCUGGCCUUGCUCAAGGCACGAGGGUAUGUGAAUGCCAGUCAGGUGGUGCAGGAGAGUGGUGCAUGGCGUCCGUUGAAGCAGGGGGAUUACAGUCUGAGACGGUUCCAGUGGCCACCAUAUCAGGCGCCGUUUGAUGAGACGGAGCAGUGUACGGCGUUGAAUCUGUCAUUGGGCUAUUAUGUGUAG